UCCUCCGUCACUCGUGUUGUUCCGGGGGCAGCUUUAGCAGACGGACCAGCAGCUGGCGGUAAAAAUGGAUCCUGACGGUGUAAAUAAAGAACUCCGAAUCCAAAUAUCGUCUAAAAAACAGCUGAACGAUCAAAUAAAUACAUAUAAAGACGUGUUAAAGAAAGUUCUCGAUGGACAGACGGAGGUUUGUGAGAAGACCAAACGAGUUUUACUGCAGGAGCUGCUCGCGAACUUUGAAGCAGCCGUUCGAGACAACGUGUUGGUGAAGGGGAAGCGGUGGGACGAAGCACCUGAUGAAGAGGACGAGUCCGUAGACCUGGAAAGCUUGCUAGAUGACACCAUUGUUGAAACCUCCAGGAGGCGUCGUACUUACCCAAGGAAGAUCCUGCCCCACGUGGUCCACUCACUCAAGGCUGAACGCAAACUGAUGACCCUGUUUGAGCGAGACCUUCAUCCUCAAGAGGUUUUCAAAGACCUGUACCAAGAUGACAUCAUGAACAAUUUGUCAUCAGCAGCACCUAAAAUGGUGAAACAAGCCAUCGAGGUCUUCAAGUCAAUGAACACGCUGCAGAAACAAGCUGAAGGCCUCUGUGAGAUCCUCAACAUGAAACCAAGCAACGCUUCUCUGCAGAUCCACCAGGAAGUCUUCGGCAUCAACGGACAAUCAGAAAUUCCACUCCCUUCUACGGGCAGAGCCAGAGCCAACAGACAGCCAAUCAAAAGAGCCACAGAGGACGCGGCCGCCACAGACUGCUAUGUUCCCCUACGCAAGAAAACAGACCCAAGCGGAACACAGCAAAUCUCCCAAUGAAGCCAACAAACACGUUUUAACUCC